AUGGUUCCCUUCCGGCGACCCUCCCAGAAAAGUCGCCCUAGCUUCGAAGACGACGACGACUCCUACGCAUGGCAAGACGAGCGCGACAAACGCAUCAUGACGGCCACCUUCCCCAUCCACCCCAUAGCCUCCAUGCAGGCCCCCUUUGAAGAGUCUAUGCUCGAUGCCACGGGCGAGACUGGCCAUGUGCCCUUUGUAGCCCCGAAGAGAGGCGUCAAGACUCGGCAGCAGUUGCUGUGCAGAGACGAGACGGCUCUCGAGCCCUCGUGGAACUUUACCUACAGCUGCUACUGGCGCCAGCACCCAAAGGCAAAGUUCCAUGCAUUGACAAAAACAAUUGCCCAGAUCGUCUUCGGUGUCCACCUCUUGCAUCAGCAUCUCGAAAAAUCCGUGGCCGACGUGGCCGACAUUCUGCUCAAGCAUGUCAACGAGCUCGACAGCUUCCUCCAGCGUGCCAACGACGAUCUCGAAAGCAGCAUGAAGGACAUGCUGUUCCGCCACAAGUGUCUCAAGGUCCCCAUGGAGCACGUAAACGAAUUCGACCGCCUUCUCGAAGACCGCUCUUAUCGCGCCCAGCUGCUUGACGGCAACAUCGUAAUCGAACGCACCAUCGGCCGCAUGUCCCAACUACUCAAUGAUUACCUCGUCGACAUCAACGUAUUCCGCGAAGCAAACCGGGAGCUGGACGUGUACCUGGCUGAUGUUGGAGACGCUUGGACAUAUCGGAACGAGGACAUCGGACGAAUAUACUCCGCCAUGUGCGGAAAUACUGGGGGUUGGUCGCAGUUCUUGCAAAGCUUGGUCGCAAAGGCAGAGAGAUUGGGCGUUGUGCUGGUACAAGUCAGCAGCUACUGCAAUGAGAUUGAGAAACGCUGUGGUGCUGCCAGUCGCCGAAGCUUGAUUGCAACGCGUACCUCAUCACGGAACUCGUCCAACUCACGUGAGGGUCGCUCCUUCCGGAAUUUUGCCAACAAUAAACCUCUCCCCACACCACCUUCUGAACGCCCUCCUUUUCUGAGUGCUACAUCUUCUGGCCGGGAGACGCCUUCACGACAUACUACCGUAAAAUCCAAACCUCAACACCAACCUGAAAUCAUCGACACAUCCGACUCUGCCACCGAGACCCCGAAGCGGAGCCAAGAUUCGUCCUCGUUGUCAGCCGUUUCCAGUGCUGACGUCCGUGUGCAACGCCAGAAAGAUCAGAAUGAGUAUUACCAGGGGACUUGGUUUGCCGAGGAGGACCGUGGAAGAGUCACGCCGCUGUCAGAGUCCACCAGCACACCCCAGCUUCGAGGAAACCAGGAGAAGCCAUCGCAAUCCAACAUGCACGACGACGAGAAAUCCUCGCCAACACGACAUACGGACACGAAACCAGAUACCGAAGAUUCCAGUCCUCCCUUGACCGCCAAGGACUCCGCCUACUCCUCCGUCUCCGACGCAUCCGCCAUGUCGCCAGCAUAUGGAUCACCCCGCUCAGCCUCAUCCAUGUCAUCACGACAAACCGCCCAAUUCGGUCUCUUCCCCACUCGGAACCUCAGCACCCCCAAGGGUUCCAUCUCCAGCAACCUCGGCAGUAACAAAUCCCCCGUCCUCAGCUCCUCCGACUCCUUCCCCAAACCCGGUGAUAUCCCCAGCCGCCCUCACACCUCCAUGUCCACCUACCAAGAGACCCCUGCCAAGCGCCUGUCCAAGCGGAGUAGCUUUACCUCUCUCAAGCGACUCUUUAGCAAGAAGAAGUCGGGCGAUAUCGGUCCUAUCGCUGAGUAG